AUGGAUGCCGAAUCGUGUGGCACAAAAAUAUCAAAUUUGCUUUUGACGCCGUUGCUCGAUAUUCCGGAUGGAGAAAAAUACGCCGCGCUAUAUGUAUGCCCGAUGUAUUCGGUGAUUAGAACGCAAUCAAAUGCCUGCUAUUGGUGGGGCAUUUAUCCGUUUAAUGAGCGACGGAAACAGUGGGAACGUCUGCGUUCGCGUUCGCACCGAAUCACAAGCCUUAUGCCGGCUGAAGUUGUUGAAGGCUGUGAAGUGCGAACAAAGUCACAUCCUAUUUAUACCACAGGUUCCGUGGCACUGAGCCUGAAAUCGGAAACGCCAAUGGUUGGCACAUUGAUGGAAUCGGCGUGGACGCUGUCGGAGCUGUGUCGAUUUCGAGUGAUGACACCAGCGCAACACGAUGAGAUUAGUGCCGAAGACGGUUCGUGCCUCAAUUCUUCUGCGCACCAAUCGGCUGAUAAAAAAGACUCCUUGAAUCAAUACGGCAAGCGGCCACGCGAUGAUAAAGGAAGCAAUUACAGAGAAGCAGCAUGGGCCCUGAAUGAAGUGAUAUUCAUCCACAAUGGAAGCUCACAGGAUACAGCCAUCGUUAAAAUUGUGGAUGGCGCCUACUGUGGGAUUGUGUACAAGCCGGUGAAUUCAUCCGAUGGCGGUGAUACGGGUGGCGAAAGUCAUUCUCGUCCGGUGGAGCUAGAAAAAAUUCGUUUGAUGCGUAAAGAUGAUUUGGUGGUAGUGUCGCCAAACAACAGGACACCGCGUUGUCCCGAGAAUUUCCAGAAACAGCUACAAAAAAUUCAGUUACCCAGUGGAAUACCGGCCAAAAAAGUACAUUCCCUGGCAGUCGAUAAUACUGGUUUGCGCUUACUGGUCGAAAAACGAGGUCGUCUUCAUCUAGUGCGUGUUAGCGUAUUUGGCAAAGUACAAAGCGAUCAUGUUCUUUUGGUGAAUACCGGAGCCGUCUGCAAUGCUGGGCCACAUGCAACGCAACUUGUAAAUUAUGGUGAUGAAAUGAUCACGAUGAUUGGCGAUAGCAAUGGAUCGAUACUACCGAUGAUACGUGAUGCAACCGGUGGUUUUCGUGAACCCGUUUACUGUGCGCUGCCCAGAAUACAUCGUUUUGCGGUCGGAGUACGGCCACCAGACUCAGGAGGCAAAGAGAAUCCAUCAUCAGCUGUUGCUGCUGCCGCUGUUGACGGCUCAUCUUCAUCCGGGAGCGCAAAUCGCACUGGAGUAUUGGUGGCCCUGGUUGCGCCAUCACCAACUACAGCUCGCCCUCGUACACCGUCACUGAUGCAGACAAUUCUCUACUGUGAUCUUCAGGGAGUUGAAUUGGUCCUUGAUGCACUCGCGAAAGAAUCAGGUAUUUCCUUUGAUUUUAUAUUGUAUUUAGCCCGUUUAGAAAUAAGAAAGAGUGCUACAGCUACUGCAUCAGCAAGAUUCCGCGACCUCGAUGGGUUUCCAGGGCUCCCCUGA